AUGGACACUCCAUCCUCCAGUGCCGCCGCGCCCCCGUCGCCUGCCAGCAGCAACUCGAGCUGGGAGGCACCUCCUCCUCUUCCUCACUGCGCACUGGUGCAGGGCUCCUUCUCGUGCCGCGGCUCGGCGCUCAGCUCCGCGCAGAGGGCCGCGUGUUUGGCCACGAUGAGCGUCGCCAUGGCGUCUGCCAUCCUGGGCAACCUCCUCGUUAUCGCCUCCGUGUUGCACUUCAGGCGGCUGCAGACUCGCACCAACGCGUUCGCGGUGUCGCUCGCCGUCGCCGACCUACUGGUGGGUCUUCUGGUCAUGCCCUUCAAGAUGACGCGCUCGGCCUACGGCUGCUGGUUCUACGGGACGGCCUUCUGCGUGGCGCACACGUGCCUGGACAUCGCACUGUGCACCGCCUCCAUCCUGCACCUCGCCUGCAUCGCCUUUGACCGGCACGUGGCCGUGUGCGACCCGUUGCGUUACGCGCAGCGGGUAGCGGCGCGCCACGUCACCGCGAUGGUCGCUCUCUCGUGGUGCUGCGGGGCCGUCAUCUCGGUGGUGACCGUGUCGCUGGGCUGGAACGUGAUCGGAGUGCCCGACGAGGUGGUGGCGGCGUCGUGCGCCGACAGCUGCGACUUCCUGCUGGGAGCGCCCUACGCCGUAAGCUCUUCAUUCUGUAGCUUCUUCGGGCCCGCGGCCUUUGUGGUGGUGGCGUAUGCGCGGAUCCUGCGGGAGGCGCGCCGGCAGGGGAGAGCCAUCGCCUGUGAGCAGCAGAGGCAUCAGAGGCAACAGGGGAAGCAGCAGCAGCAGCAACAGAAUGAAGAUCAGCAGCAGGGGCGACAGGAGGAUCGGGCUGGAGGAGGACGAGGAGGGGCGAGAAGAGAAAUAACGGGAAGUGGAGGAAUCGUAGGAAAAAGAGAUGAAAUUGGAGGACUAGAAGAAAGACGAGGAGGAAGAGCAGAAGGAGUAAGAACUGUUGGAAAAAUAGGAUUGGAACUCGAAGAAGGAAUACCAACAGCAGCAGCAGGAAAAUCGACCCGGGCAGUAGGACGGGCGGUGGACGCGAAGAGCGAACGCAACGCCACGAAGACGCUGAGCAUCGUGGUGGGCGUCUUCCUCGCCUCGUGGCUUCCCUUCUUCCUCAUGAACGUGUCCGACCCUCUCCUCGGCUACUCCAUCGACCUACGCGCCUGGGAGGCCGUCACGUGGCUUGGAUACGCGAACUCGGCCGCGAACCCCGUCAUCUAUGGGAUGUUUAGCCCGAACUUCAGGGCCGCGUUCAGGGCCAUCGCGGCCAGGAGCACUUUUCGGGCCGGCUCGAGAGACGCGCAGCUCGGCUUCUGA